AUGUCCAACGAACAAAACCCCGGGCUCCUCGGUAACAUAGGCGAUACCGUGGGGAAAACAGUCGGCGGCGUGUCAAACACAGUGGGCAGUACAGUUGGCGGUCUCGGCUCAACGGUGGGCAACGCAACAAGUGGUCUCGGACAGACUGUCUCUGGCGCAACACAGGGUGUCGGAAAUACGGCGAGGAGCGCUGGAGAGGGCGUGAAGAGUAAUGUUUCUAGCCUUGCGGGGCAGAAGCAGACUGGGGAUAACCCGCUUGGAUUGAAUAGAUCCGCCCACGUCGAAGGCCAGUGA